GCCUUUCUUGGUACCUGUGGCUAAACUUCCAGUCCCGUUCUGCCUGAGGUAACCCAGAGCCGAGGUUGCCUGACCACUGCAUCUGCUGCUGCCCAGGGCUUUGUUCAACUUCCUGUGGGAACGCUUCAAGUCAAGUCGUCUGACCCUGUUGAUCGCUGGAAUCAUGGUCCAUGGGUACAAAGGGGUCCAGUUCCAAAACUGGGCGAAGACCUAUGGCUGCAGUCCAGAGAUGUACUACCAGCCCACAUCAGUGGGGGAGGUCAGAGAGGUGCUGGCCCUGGCCCGGCAGCAGAACAAGAAAGUGAAGGUGGUGGGUGGCGGCCACUCGCCUUCAGACAUCGCCUGCACCGAUGGCUUCAUGAUUCACAUGGGCAAGAUGAACCGGGUUCUCCAGGUGGACAAGGAGAAGAAGCAGGUCACAGUGGAAGCCGGUAUCCUCCUGACUGACCUGCACCCACAGCUGGACAAGCAUGGCCUGGCCCUGUCUAAUCUGGGAGCCGUGUCUGAUGUGACGGUUGGUGGCGUCAUUGGGUCUGGAACACAUAACACCGGGAUCAAGCACGGUAUCCUGGCCACCCAGGUGGUGGCCCUGACCCUGAUGAAGGCUGAUGGAACAGUUCUGGAAUGUUCUGAGUCAAGUAAUGCAGAUGUGUUCCAGGCUGCAAGGGUGCACCUGGGCUGCCUGGGUGUUAUCCUCACUGUCACCCUGCAGUGUGUGCCACAGUUCCACCUUCUGGAGACAUCCUUUCCUUCGACCCUCAAGGAGGUCCUUGACAACCUGGACAGCCACCUGAAGAAGUCUGAGUACUUCCGCUUCCUCUGGUUUCCUCACAGUGAGAACGUCAGCAUCAUCUACCAAGAUCACACCAACAAGGAGCCCUCCUCUGCAUCUAACUGGUUUUGGGACUAUGCCAUUGGGUUCUACCUCCUGGAAUUCUUGCUCUGGACCAGCACCUACCUGCCACGCCUCGUGGGCUGGAUCAACCGCUUCUUCUUCUGGCUGCUGUUCAACUGCAAGAAGGAGAGCAGCAACCUCAGCCACAAGAUCUUCUCCUACGAGUGUCGCUUCAAGCAGCAUGUCCAAGACUGGGCCAUCCCCAGGGAGAAGACCAAGGAGGCCCUGCUGGAGCUAAAGGCCAUGCUGGAGGCCCACCCCAAGGUGGUAGCCCACUACCCCGUGGAGGUGCGCUUCACCCGAGGUGAUGACAUCCUGCUGAGCCCGUGCUUCCAGAGGGACAGCUGCUACAUGAACAUCAUUAUGUACAGGCCCUAUGGGAAGGAUGUGCCUCGGUUGGAUUACUGGCUGGCCUAUGAGACCAUCAUGAAGAAGUUUGGAGGCAGGCCCCACUGGGCAAAGGCCCACAAUUGCACCAGGAAGGACUUUGAGAAAAUGUACCCCGCCUUUCACAAGUUCUGUGACAUCCGCGAGAAGCUGGACCCCACUGGAAUGUUCUUGAAUUCGUACCUGGAAAAGGUUUUCUACUAAAGUAGAAGCAGAAGCAAGCUGCCCUGACCCCUCACUUCUGCUGCCUUGGGGGGGGGGGGGCAGGGCAGUGUCUCACAGGCACAGUGGGAGACGACCUCUCCUGAACACAAGGAGGGGCUGGGCUCUGGCCGAGGCCUCUGCCUUCUUUAUCAUCUUCAUAACACCCCAGGCAAGAAGUGGCCUCUCACUCAAAUUCCUGUUUGCAUCUCCACGAGCCAUACAUAAACUACAAUCAUCUCAGGAAAAGGGGUUCCCCUUGCAUCAUAUCUGUCCAGGCUAAGGAUUUGGUCCUUCUAGGUUCUACUGGUCCACCAAGUAUAGAGAGAUCCCUGGGGCCUGCAGUUUUCCCUCCCUCUUCAGAAGGGAUCUCUUGGCAACAGAGGUAGCAUGAGGCAUGCUCUGCUUACUUUUAUCCUUAAAGGCCUUUCAGAUGCCCAGAGUCUGUCUGUUGGUCCUGAGCAAGCCAUCUUCCAGAUGGGUCCACGUGGCCUUCUGACUGCCAUGGCCUGGCCCUCACAGUGUCUCUUUCGGGUGGUGUUUAGAGUGGAAUUUGCCUCGUCUUCUUAACCAGUUCCUGUUAGAUCCCUGUGUUUUCUCCCUUCACCUCAGAGACAAUUCUUUGGGCUGGGAUCUCGCCGUGUCCCUGGGUUUCCCUGGGUCUUGGUUUCAUCUUUCUCUUCACAGAGAUGAUUUCAGUUUAUUUGUGGCCUUUCUGGAAUGUUCCUUGGAGAGCCAAUAUGUUCCAGGUACUUUGUCAGAAUUAAAAGACUCUGAAAGAU